GGAGUGACGCCACAGCUUAGGGGAAGGACGACAUUUUACCUGCCUCGUCGCGCGUCCACGGCAUGUGUAACGAGUUUCAUGUGAAAUACGUGACUUUAUUCGUACAAAUUUUACGCAAUAGCUGCUCAUAAAGGGAAAACUCAUCCGUACUGGCAAGACCUUUGACAUCAUAUCUGACAUCCAUAGCUCAUCUGUAAGUCAUAAUUAUGAGUUACAGCUACAUUAAAUGCAGCUCUAGCAUGAGUCCUCGUGGCAGGGGUUUUAAUUCCCGUGGUGGCAGUUCUUAUAGAGGUAGAGGUGGUGGUGGAAAUGAAUGGAACAGUGGAUCAACAGGAAACAUGUCCAGUAGAGGAGGUUACUCAUCUUCUAGAGGUGGCAGAUUUAAAUAUUCAAAUACCAGUUAUGACUCUCGCUCAAAAUAUAAUUCUGGUGGAUCUGAAAGGUAUUCUAGCAGAGGAAGGGGUGAACAUUCAAACAGUUAUAAAAGGCCAAGGGAUUCUUACUCUGGGAGAGAUGAUCAUCGAUCGUCGAGUGACUCCACUCGUAAGAGGAUGAGAAGUGAUUCGUAUCAGGGUGGAGGUAGCGGUAGCGGCUCUCAGAGGUAUUCUUCUUCGUAUGGUGGUUCGUCUGCGUCAGCACCUUAUGACGAUAAUAAGGGAUCGUCAUCCUCGGCCGUGUACGAGGACAAGAGACAGAGCGAACGUGCUUCAUCGUAUCACCGCUCAGAGGACCGUCAUUCAGCAUCACGGAGCUAUGCACCUCCACCACCCCCUCGGAUUAGCGAAAUGGCACCUCCAACUCAGAGAUAUAACUCGAGCCGAGGGCGAAUAUCGCAUCAAAGCUCAAACUACAGAGGUCGCAUUUCAACACGCGGCAGCGGUAGAGGGGGUGGAUUCCAUCGCAUGAGCUCUCGAUCGGACGUCGUCAUGGCUCGCAAGCGUACUCUGCCAUCGCUUGACUAUCGACGCAAGCUGCUAGGAUCGCGAUCGCGAGACUACAUCCAGCGUGUGCGCAUGACUACUACCAAAAUGCGCAGGAGUAGCGGUACUACUAGGCUAUCCGGAAGUAAAAAGGAGUCAGGAUCAGGAACCAGCAUGAAGGACAAGGAUAGAGAGAUGACCAAAGCUAUUAACGCUGAAUUUUCCGAUGACGAUGAAGAGGAUGAUGAUAACAAAAGUAAUUGGGAUGACGAUGAAAAGCCGCAUGAACGCGACGAUGAAGAAGAAAAAGAAGAUGAAGAUGAAAAGAAAGAAAAAAUUGAGAAACGUAAGAAAGAAAAACAAGAUCGAGAUAGGCCAAAUUCCGAAGAUGAAGAAGAAAAUGAUGAUGAAGUGAAAAUAAAGGAUGACGAUGAUGAUCGAAAGCUUGAGGACGAUGAAGAUGACGGCGAUGACGAGGAAAGAGACGAUAAUGAUAAAACAGAUCAUGGUAGAGCUACUGGUUCUGAAGAAUUACCCAGUAGAAGAGAUGGCAGAAAAUUCAUUAAAUUAACUUGCCCACAUUGCGCUCAUCGUAGCGUUACUUUCAAAGAAUAUUCGUUGCAUUUAUAUUCGGGUCGUCACAGUGCAGCAAUGAGACGAAUCGCAUUACGCCAUAAAGCAACUUUGACCCGCAUGCGUGUCUUACAACGACAAGAACAACGACGUGUCGAGGCCCGUGAUGCAGCUCGUGGUACUUUACCAUCCCGUACCAUGUUCUGUCCUAUUUGUAAACUCAAUUAUCGUUCUCUUAAAGCAGUACAUCAGCUGUCAGAUUCCCAUCGUCAGAUGAAGCGAUUCCUCACACCAUUUUGUCGCGUUUGUCGCAUUCAAUUUCGAUCACCAAUGCUAUUUGAAACUCAUAUGUGCUCUUUGGAUCACAUUAAGAGAAAAAGUGCAUUGAAAGAAAGAAUGAACGCUGGCAAUGGCGAUGCAGAAGCAGAUUCAAGUGGACCUGAGGAAGACGACAAAGAAGUUAAUCUUGAUAAUUUCAUGACUCUAGAUUCCGUAGGUGAUGUGGACGCAGAAGAUGAAGAGUCUCCUGAGAAGAAAAAAGAGAAACCAGAAAGUGAAGGUACGAACGACACGGAAAAGAAGCCUAAAAGUAAGCAAAUGAUCAAAGUUGGAGCAGAAUACAUAAAACGUGUCGAAGUACAAUUCUGUGAAUUGUGCAAGAUGUACCUACCACGUAGUGAAAACAGCGAAAGGGCGAUCGCGCUUCAUUGUUCAACUAGAAGUCACCUUAAACGGUAUGUGCGUGAUAAUGAUGAUAAGGCAUUACGAAGACAAGCGGAAAGAAUACAUCUACAAUCAUCGUCAUCUGCUAAUACUACUUCCACGGCAAAUGCUGCAAAUACUACAGAAAAUGCUAAAUCUCCAACUAAUUCUGAACCACAGUCCGCGAAUACCACAUUAUCAGUAAUUACAACCGAUAGUACUAAUGCUGCUGAAUCUGGUAAGCUAGUCGAACAAAAAGGGAUUGUUUCUGAACCUGAAAAGAAUACUAAGGAUAACAAAAAUGGGCCAAAGGCUGAUGAAGAAGAAGAUGAUGAUUAUCCAGCCGAUGGUAGCAAUAAGUUGUGGGAUGAUGUUGACAAAGAUUUGGGUGAUAUUUUGAGGGAAACAGAAGCAGGAGGUAAAUCAAGCGACGACGAAGAUUCUCGUUAUGAUCGUUUCCGUAAUUCAGAUAAGAAACAACAACAUUCUGGAAAGGAUAAAGAAAGGGACAACGAAAAAAAUGAAAUUGAAGAAAAGGAUCCUUUAAAAAAGGAGGUGAAAGUAAAACUCGAGAAACUAGAUAUGUAAAGUCCAAGAAUUAUUAGUACGUUUCAAUCAUAUCCUAAUAUACUCUUAUUGUUUUUUUAUAAAAUAUGCAAAACUUAUCCAUGGAAAACUUCUAUGCUCAUUGUUUCAUACGACAGAAUCACAUUUAGUAAGCAACGUAGAUAUUUUGGACGAAGUUAAAGAUUUAUGUACAGAAAUAUUUUUAGUUUUUAAUGAAUUAUUGUAGAUAUAAACCGAUUAAAAAUCGUGUUUGUAAGAAAUCUUGAUUCAAACAGUAACUUUAAGCAGUUAGAUCAUCA